AUGGAGCAACAAACGCAGCAACAGCAGCAACAGGAACCGGAAUGUUCCAUCCCGCUAACAAGUGGCGCCACUUGUUCCGAGGAGCAACAGAGCUUGAUGCUGUUUGACACGCUGAUCGAACUGUGUCGCAACAAUAUCAACUUUUUCGAGAGCGAUGAAACGGAAACCGGUUUACGAUUGCACGGAGCCUUUGUCGGGCUGAUCGAUCACAUCGAGAUGGCCAAACCACUCGUCCGAACGGUGCAAGAUUUCAUGCACGAGUAUGACUUCGAUCCGAGCGUACCGGGCAACGGGUUCCGCAGCUUCCUGUACGUCGUGGAGUGUUGCGUGAAGACGGCCCUCAAGUUGGCCCGUUACGUGAUGGAAAACCGCAGCACGAUACUCUUCCGGAAGGCACUGUACGUGAAGGAGGUCGAAGCGUACAACCAUCUGAUGGCCAGUCUCUGCACCUGUUUGCAGCACGCGCAAACGUUGCGCGAAUGGACCCGCGAAUCGGGCGACCUGUUCCCGGACGAAUCGCACUCGGUCGAGGAGCUGUUUGCCCGUGGUGGAAUUAUUAAUCAGUACUGUUUUUACGGACGCUGUUUGGGAUUUCAGUUUUGCGAUUCAAUUAAACCGCUGCUCAAGUUCAUAUCGAUUGGUAUGGCGGGAUUCUCCGAGGGUUACUAUUCGGAGGGUGGACGCAUCUCGAAAGCAACCAGCCUGAUGUACACGAGCACCAAGUACAUGCUCGAUCCGGAACUGCGCGCCCGUCGGAUUGUGAACAUUUCCCAAAACUCCAAUGUGGACUUUUGCAAAGCAUUUUGGUUUUUGGCCGAAUCGGAGAUGAUGCACUCGCUGCCAUCGUUCGUCGGCUUCAAGGUGAAGGUGAACCGGGUGAUAACGAUCCCACCGGAACCGAUACAGCUGAAAAUGUGUGGCGGCGAACCGACGGAAGAAGACAUCUUUGUGGACAUUCCCAUUCCGAAGAGUCACGGUGGUGCGGCCCCUAUCAAGGCACGGCUUAUAUCGGCCGUCAAGCGGAAGGGCAUGAUUGGGGAGCGAAGCAACUCCCAGCGCAGUACCAUCUAUCCGGCAUCGCGUGGACUGCUGUUUCAUUGUCACGGUGGUGGCUUUGUGGCACAGAGCUCGAAAUCGCAUGAAUCGUACCUGCGCGAAUGGGCCGUCUCGCUGAACGUGCCGAUCCUCUCGAUCGAUUACAGUCUUGCCCCGGAAGCUCCAUUCCCGCGUGCGCUCGAGGAAGUGUUUUAUGCGUACUGUUGGGCACUGCGCAACUGUGAGCUGCUGGGAACAACGGGCGAACGGAUCAUACUGGCUGGGGAUUCGGCGGGCGCUAAUCUUAACCUGGGCUGUGCAAUGAAAGCGAUCGAGCUGGGUAUACGUCGUCCGGAUGGAAUCUUUAUCGCGUACUGUCCGGUGCUCAUCAGCUUCGUACCGAGUCCGGCACGGAUGCUUUGCCUGAUGGAUCCGCUGCUUCCGUUCGGGUUUAUGAUGCGUUGCUUGAAGGCGUACGCGUGCCCCAGUUUGGAGGUGUUGGAGGAGAAUCGGAAGCGUCACGAGCAGCGACAAGCGAUCGUAAAUGCUGGGCAGCAGAUGAAAAACAAUAAUGUGACUGUAAUGGUACCGGGCAGUGAGAGGAAGGAGGAGCAGGAUAAGACGCCGGAUCGGUCCGAUUCGGGGGAUGAUAAUUCGAUGUGGGAACAGCUAAACAGCGCCAACACGGUACAGCUUCAAAAUCAGCAUCUCAGCCCGGUAAGCGACACGGCUAGCGAUACGCUGGCGCUCAGGAGCCAAUCGCUUGGGAACACUAUCGACAUCAUCAGCCCGGACGAGAGCAACACCAUCACUUCGCUGGAGGAAGACUCACAGCCCAUCACACUGCAGCAGGUCAAUUUGAAUACGGAGCGAAGCAAUGUGACCGUGGUGGACGAUUUGGAUAUGGAUAUGCCGAGCGACAUUAGCUCGGAGCAGAACACAAACCAAAACGUUUCGAACUUUAUCAAUAGCUACGUCCUCGAUACGACUACCAAUGCUGCUGGCGAGCUGGAACCGAUCCUUCGUCCCGUUUCUCGCUCCCAGUCGGAGGAGAACAUUGUGCUGGAUAUUGGCCGGGAAGCGAUAAGCGUACAGAAUCUACAGGAACGUGUAACGACGGCCGCAAGUAAUUUUGUGAGCAAAGUGUCAAACACGUUCACCAGCAUAACGGCUUCGAAACCGAUCGCUACCGGCGGCGGUUCGCAGAAUGAGCUGCAGACGAAUCUCGAUGCACUGAUCGCUCGCAGCCCGUCCGACGAGUUUAUCUUUCACGUACCGAAAGAUUCCCACCUAUCGCCGUACUGGACUUCUGAUGAAGUGUUGAGUCAAUUUCCACCAACAAAGAUUUUAACCGUCGUUCUGGAUCCCUGUCUGGAUGACUGUGUGAUGUUUGCCAAAAGACUGAAGAGCUUAAACCGGUCCGUUUCGCUUGAUAUUCUGCCCGGAUUGCCGCAUGGCUUUCUGAACUUUGCUACCAUCUCCAAAGAGGCUCACGAGGGUUCAAAGCUGUGCGUGCAGCGUAUUGCCGAGCUGCUCGAGGUUUCGACCACACUCGACGAUCCGGGCACCAAGCAGGGCUGCUGUUAGCAAAAAUGCUGGUAACGCUGCUGC